CGCGUCCUGCACGCCGCGUACCAGGAAACGCGGUCGCGUCAGUGUGACCUCAGCCGGGCCGGGCGCGCUGCGGGCGGCGUGUGACGUGCGCGCGCGGGCGAUCGGCGGCCGGUGUGAAGAAAAAACCAUGACAAUCCAAUGGGCGGCGGUUGCCAGCUUUCUCUAUGCUGAAAUAGGACUCAUUUUAAUCUUCUGUCUGCCCUUUAUUCCUCCUCAGAGAUGGCAGAGGAUUUUUUCAUUUAGUGUCUGGGGUAAAAUUGCAAGUUUUUGGAACAAAGCUUUCCUUACUAUUAUAAUCCUAUUAAUCGUUCUGUUUUUAGAUGCUGUGAGAGAAGUAAGGAAGUACUCCUCCACUCAAGCCACUGAGAAGAACUCAGGCGGCAGGCCUGGUGCCUAUGAGCACACACAGAUGAAGCUCUUUAGGUCCCAAAGAAAUCUUUACAUUUCUGGAUUCUCUUUAUUUUUUUGGCUAGUGUUGAGACGUCUGGUCACGCUUAUUACUCAGCUGGCAAAAGAAAUAUCAAACAAAGGAGUGCUUAAAACUCAAGCGGAAAAUACUAAUAAGGCUGCCAAGAAAUUCAUGGAAGAGAAUGAAAAACUAAAAUUGGUACUAAAAAACCAUGGCAAAGAUGAAGAAAACAUUUUGGAAACUGAAAAUAAAAAACUAGUAGAAGACCAGGAAAAAUUGAAAACUGAAUUGAAGAAGGCUUCAGAUGCCCUUUUUAAGGCACAAAACGAUGUGAUGACUAUGAAGAUACAGUCAGAGAGACUUUCAAAAGAAUAUGAUCGACUCCUGAAAGAACACUCAGAACUUCAGAACCGUUUAGAAAAAGACAAUAAGAAAGGCCUGUGAAUUAACUUCGUAAAAGAAGAUUGUGAUCCACCUUGUCAAGAAAAUAAAUUUGUUAUCAUGGUAGUCACUAAAACUUUCAAAAUUCAGCCAAAAAUUAAAAAAGGCUCUGUUAGCAGCCAGCCAGCGGUGCACAUCGGCU